AUGCCACGAACGGAUGGUCUCCUCGGCCGACUCCUGGAACCGCGUGCGGUCAGAGGCGUCGAUGAGGAAGCAUACGGCGUCGACGUUGCCACAAUACUGCUUCCAGACCCUGCGUGCAGUUUCGUGACCUCCGAGAUCGAAGGCCGUGACGUUGACCUUGCCGAGAGUCAGCUGCUCACUGUGCGGGUGCACAGUGGGAGUGUGGCACGCCAGGCGGUUAUCCUUGAGCAUGCGCAGCAGCGUAGUUUUACCGGCGUUGUCAAGGCCGAGGAACACGAUCUUGCCCUCCUUGUUGAGCCAUCCAAAGGAGAUGAGGGCUCUCUUGAUCCUGUAGAGAUGUUAGCGGACAGAAUUACGGGGGUAAUCGAACAAUAA